AUGGCCUCUCACUGGGCCGCGCUGCUACUGAUCCUGGCAGCCUGGACCAUGGGCUAUGGUGAGGCCUUCAGGUGCUUCUCGUGCGAGCGGCCCACAGACAUCUCUCUAUGCAAGAACAUCACGUACUGCAAGCCUGAAGACACGGCCUGUAAGACCACACUGGACAUAGUAGAGUCGGAAUACCCCUUCAACCAGAGCCCGAUGGUGACCCGCUCCUGCACCACCUCCUGCCAGGCCACCGACCCCGACAGCAUUGGAGCCAUCCACCUUGUCUUCUGCUGCUUCCAUGACCUCUGCAACAAGAGGCUGUGGGCAGGCCGGAAGCUGCGCUCCUUGGUGGGCACCCCUUCUCCUGCUGGGGCCUGAGCGGCCACC